AUGGCGGGUAUCCCACCCACUCCGGAACUACUCCUCCAAAUCGGUCACUUGGAGCAGGUUGCGAAUAUGGCAAAGGACUUCGUUCUGAUGACCAUGAUCGCAUAUGAAGAGGAUCCACCCAAUCAUGAGGCUCUUCAUCCCUAUAUGCCUCAGCUGACCCAGAAGAUUGCAUUCUGCAAUCAGAUCCUUCACGAUCCAUUCUGGUUCAACAUGGGAGCGGAUAACCCUCUUUACAUCUACAAAGACGUCACUUUGAAGAUGAUGGCAGGCGUUCACUCCCUCUACCCGAUGAUUCUCAACCCAGCGCCUGGCAAUCAGUAG